AUGAGUUGUACACGACGAGCGGGCGCGAGCCUCAUCGCAAUCCUUACUGCAUCUCCAUCCAAGCAGCGGGUUAGCCGAAGAGGCAUAGGCAUCGACACUUCUCGCCGCCAUGUCGCCUCAAGUACUCGCCGCUGGCAGCAGAGCCCCGUAGCUGCAGCGACCAAGCCAGCCGCUCCUGCCAGAACGACGCCAUCACCGUCUGCGACUGCACCCGCGCGAUCAGCGGUACCGGUCGCUCCUGCUCCUGCUCCCAGAUCACCACAGACGAAUACGGAAACCACACAGCACAACCUCACCUCAUCAACCGAAUCCGAACCCCUACGCUCCUUGACCGACGGCCUUCAGGAUCCACCACCAACACUGGGCGAAGACGAGAAGCAGAUAGACUGGACACGCUCUUACCAUGGCUUGUCAUCCACCCCUUUCACAGCCGAGCAGGCAGAUAUCCUGCAACAGGAGAUCAAGGCGGAUGAUAUCGAGGUGAAGCCCGAUGGCAUCAUCUAUCUGCCCGAGAUCAAGUAUAGAAGGAUACUGAACCGCGCAUUCGGUCCGGGAGGGUGGGGCUUGGCACCACGCGGCGAGACGAUCGUCACGGCCAAGGUGGUGACGAGGGAGUAUGGUUUGGUCGCGGGCGGAAGACUCAUCUCCAUCGCGCGCGGCGAACAACAAUACUUCGACCCCGACGGCAUCCCCACCGCCACCGAAGGCUGCAAAUCCAACGCCCUGAUGCGCUGCUGCAAGGACCUCGGCAUCGCUUCGGAGCUGUGGGAUCCGAGGUUUAUCAAGCGCUAUCUGCGUGAGCAGGCGAGGGAGAUGGUGGUGGAGCAUCAGACGACGAAGAAGAGGCGGAAGCAUUGGAUGAGGGUGGAUGAUGAGCUGAGGUUCCCGUGGAAGGAGGUUGGUGGGCCGGGGAUGACUGGACAGGCGAGGAGAUGA